AUAUUCACCAUGAUAAGGAAUUCCAUUUUCUCUCUCUCUUUCUCUCUUUCUCUUCUCUUUUCUGCUCUUUCACUUCUUCGUCUUAGUCAUUCCUUCGUUCACUCUUUUCCUCUUUCUUCACCCCCCGCCCCGCACUACGCUGUAUUAAAAAACGUUACAUAUCAUCAUCAUCAACAUCAUCAUCGACAUAUUACCAAUCCAUUCAGUCCUUUAUUUUUGAUGCGAAUUAUCAUAAAUUUACUCGGCAGUAACAACGACACUAUCCACAACAGCAACUACAACAAUGCCCGUCAGCACCACCACCACCACCACCACCACCACUACUGCACUUCCUCUUAAAACUUCUUCUUUACCUAAGCCAUCAAGUCGUCAUCACAUCGACACAACGAAUGGGAAAAAAUCCAUUGCUGGACAACAGGAACAGCAAAAAGAAAGACAAGAGCAACAACAAGAGCACACUGUGCAUGUUGCACUGAGAGUUCGACCCACCGAGAAUGCCAACGACACUUUCAAAACACGUGGCAAAGUAAUCACAAUUGCACCAUUUCAAAAGUCAUUUGCCUUUGAUCACGUCUUUGAGUCGCAAAGCACACAGGAACAAGUGUUUCGAGGCACAACAAAAGAUUUGAUUGGCCAAGUGAUCAAUGGUCGCAAUGCAACACUUUUGGCAUACGGCGAAAGGGCGACGGGAAAAUCAUACACGUUGGGAUGCACAUUGAAUAGCUAUGAAGAUCCCGCAUAUGAAGGCAUUAUCCCGAGAGCGGCAGCAGCCCUUUUUGAUCGCUUACAACGACCUGGCCAAACGCUGCGACCUGCAUCGACCUUUACUACAUCUUCUUCAUCAUCUUCUUCCUCUCUACGUUCUCCCAACCCAACCCAAUCUACAUCAGCAUCAGCGAGACUACGUCCUGUCUCGAUGGUAGGCCCUCCUCGCCGAGGUUCUUCGCCAAAUCUGACCAACGGCACCAAUGGCCCACGCUAUGCAGUACGCAUUUCGUUUGCUGAAGUCCAUGACGAUAAAUUGGUGGAUCUACUCUGUAGCAGCGCUGAUAGCAACAAGUUGCCCUUCGAUCGGUCUGUGCGCAAUGCUCAACAAAGUGUACACGGUAUCAAAGAGGUCGCUGUACGCAAUACAGGUGACAUAUUGAGGUUUUUAUCCAACACUAUAUCAUGGAAGAAGAAUCGCGCGUAAAAGGAGUGCUGCCGGGGUUCUAGUAGAUCGAUAUUAACGCAGACCCAUCCGUGUGUAGGUACCUCGAAUCGGGUGUUCAAGCAUCAUCAAGCCAGCA